UGAAUCAGAGCCUCUGAAAAUUAUGUGUCAGCCUUGAGAUAAAUCAAAACAGCCUUCCUCAUCGAGUCGUGAUGACGAUGUGAAGCGGUGGUUUGCAGACACAUUAGAGGCUCAGCAGCAGCAGAAAUACCACGGACAGAGCGGGUCUCGUCCAGCCGCUUCCAGUCGCCCACACUUCCGGAGCAGACCCUGUUACAGGCAGCUGUGGGUCGGGAUGCGUCCGUCUGAGAUGACGGGAGGACAGUGCCAGUAAAACGCAGCGGCUGGUUGCGUUGUGUUAAAUCUCGCUUUUGCAAUCUCAGCUGAAGAGACUGCAUCACAUCAGCAGUAGUUUUUCUAUCGACCGACACUCAGCGGGGAUACAGGCUUUUAAUCUUACUGUCUGCCGUCAACUGUUGCUUAUUUUCACUGUAAAUGAAUCUUGUAAGUUUUUCCAGUGCCCAUAUAAACCAAACGAUCUAGAGCGGAGGAUGUUCUUCUUUUGACAGCAGCUUGUGUUUUGGAUCUCACCGCUCUUAUAGGUUUAUGAACAACCGUGUUCCUCCUAACAAGCGAUAUCAACCCACAGACUAUGAGCAUGCUGCCAACUGUGCCACGCAUGCGAUGUGGAUAAUCCCCAGCCUGCUGGGCAGCUCACUGUUGCACUACGAGUCAGAAGACCAAUGGGAGCGGUUGUCAGCCUGGGUAUAUGGGGCGGGGCUCAGUUCACUCUUCAUCAUCUCCACUCUGUUCCACACUGUGGCCUGGAAGAAAAGCCACCUUCGUUCUGUGGAGCAGUGUUUCCACAUGUGUGACAGGAUGGUGAUCUACUUCUUCAUCGCAGCCUCUUAUGCUCCAUGGCUAAACCUUCGGGAGCUGGGUCCGUGGGCAUGUCACAUGCGCUGGUUGGUUUGGGUCAUGGCGUCUUUUGGAACCACCUAUGUCUUUUUCUAUCAUGAGAGGUAUAAACUCAUGGAGUUGAUCUGCUAUACAGUGAUGGGAGUUUUUCCUGCUUUGGUCAUUUUCUCAAUGCCGGAGCAGUCCGGGUUGUGUGAGCUGCUGGUCGGUGGAGCCUGCUAUUGUCUUGGUAUAGUCUUCUUCAAAAGUGAUGGCAUCGUCCCAUUCGCUCAUGCCAUCUGGCAUCUUUUUGUAGCUGUGGGAGCAGCCAUACAUUACUACGCCAUCUGGAAGUACCUCUACGCCCAGACUCCCAGGCAGGUCCAGACCUCCAGAUGACAUCAGUGAUGACUUCACAGGAAUUGACUCCUGUGAUUAAGCUGCUUGGGAGAGCUGUGUCCAAGUUCAAGGCUUGCUUCAAAUAAGAAUUAACUUAAUUGGAAAACUAUCAGUACAUUUAGGCAUUUUGACUGUUUGUGGGUGCACAAGCAGCACAAAUGAGCAAAUACAGGCAUCCCUCUCUGGCGCCAUCUUGUUUCAUCUGACAGGACCAUUUUCUACUGCUGCAACAAAAGCAGUCCUAUCAGGCAGCUAGAAAAUACAAACAAAUGUGCUUUGCACAUUAAAAUCUGUGUUUGCUAGACUCUUUAUGAAAUAAAGUUCCCAGCUAGAAAGAAGUGCAUACAUAUCCAAAUUGCACACAUUACUGGAAAUCAAGUUGGAAAAUCUAUAGGCUUCAGAACCUCAGUCUGACCUACACACCAGUCACCAAUAGAAAAGGUUUUAUACUUUUGAGCACCAAUGUUGCCACCAAGAAAUAUAGAGUGCAGAAUAUCACACCUGACAAUAUGCUGUAUUCUCAGCAAUUAUCACCAUUGCUUAAAUUCUUUUAUGCUGUUGAUUGGAUAAGAAAACAGCAGAGAAAGAUUAAUUGCUAAAAGAUAAUAGUGCAGUAGGAUCAUAAUAACCUUAACAUUAAAAGUAGGAUUAAAACAUUUCAGUAAAGUUCAAAUGAUGUUGGAGAUGACACAACUCAGCCCAAUUUUACUGGCGACCCUGCUACAAAACCAGAGGUGAAGCCUCGGGUAAAAACACAGAUUGGCCCCAGCUGCUUGGAAAACCUUGUGCUUUUCUCAAGAAUUCCUUCAUUUGAGUCUUAUCUCCACUGUCUCAUAAGGAAACAAUGUUGAGACAAUGUUAAUUAAAAGUUGGGUAAAUCUUACAACAAUGUCACAGCCUGGAAUAAUGAUAAAAGAUGUCAGAUACCACCAACCUGCAAUAGAUUAUACAACAACAAAUGAGGUCUUUCAUGAAAAAAAACAAACAAACAAAAAAACAAUAGCAAAGACACCUUGUUGUGAUUAAUCUAAGGCAGUUUUGUAAACUUGGACACAGCUAGAAUCCCCACUUUGGUUCAUUUUAAUGUUAUAUAUAUCACUGUAUUUUCCAGUAAUUUGAUUUUAUUCCAGUGAUCAGGGGUUAGUUACUAGUAUUGGAGGUUUUUCUCUCUGUGGUGCGCGUCCAGAUUCAGUGUUCAGAGGCUGAAUUCACGACAUUGUCUUAAUGUCAAGAGGAAGACAAUGUUUACAAUUAGCUGCCUUGACUAUCAUCAUAAAUUUAGCAAUUAUUGUAAUCAUAAUUUACACCUGAUAAACAUGAGUAGUUCUUACUUCCAAUCUAGAUUUGUAUAUCACAUAAUACUGUUAUUUUUAUCAGUAGUUUUUCCUUUUUUUAGUGACUUACUGUAAUUAUCAACAUAAGCAUGAAUAGACUAAUUUAUUAAUGUAUAUAUAGCAUACAUUUGUGGUUGCAGCCUUACAGACCUGUAUACAUCCACAAUUAUUUGGUACCUGAUUAUGUAGUAUAUUUACUGAAUACUAACAGUUUCGUGUUGUUGGUUAGAUUUUGCAAAGACGAAUGUCAUCAGUAUCAUUUAUACAGAGAUUAUAUUUUCCUGUGAUGUGAUUGUAGUGUUGAAAAUAGGUGAAAACUAGUGACAUACUUUGUCUGAAACCACAAUGAAUCAGCACUGCCAGAAGGCUGAAUUACUGCCGUAACUGUUAGCUCACGCUACCAUGAUUAAACAAUACGUCUUAUCUGAAAGGAAACUGAAGCUAUAGUACUUUUGCCCCAAUAUUAAGGCAUCUCAGGAGUGUGUGCGUGCGUGUGCACGUGUGUGCGUGUGUGUGUGUGUGUGGGUGUGUGUGUGUGUGUGUGCGUGUGUGUGUGUGUGUAUUACUUACUAGCUGCAGUUGUUUGUAUCUUUUACUAUCUUACACCCAUUAAUCCAAAAUCCAUGGUUGUCAGUGUUUACAUAUAAAUAGCUUGAACAUAUAAGUAUCUAUUUGCUAAGAGUCUUUAACUCUGCUUGCCAAACAAGCUUAUAGACUUUGAUGAAUGUGGCAGGAGGACCUAAAAGGUCAAGAACUCUAACAUUUAAAGGAAUAAAAAAAAAAAGCAACUGACUUGGAUCAUGUUUCAACAGUUGUUUGUUACUCAGGAUUUUACACCCAAUUUAAAGGACCACCAACCUGCAUCAAUUGUUUGUAUUCCGUCUGGUUGUCACCACAGCUCCACUUGGUUACUUGCAAAUGUUUUAUACAAGUUUUACAUGACGGUUACUAUUCAGACAAUAACUGAGGUAUGCUAUAAAGGACCCAGGAAGCUUGGUAUCAGUCAGCUAAAAUCAAGUUUCAAUACAAUGUUACCUAUGGUAAAAACGUGUAAAAAGCCUUAAAAUAAAUUAAUGUUUCAUCCUUGUAGCAUAAUCUCACAUCACUAUAUUCAAAAAUAUCUAAAUUUGAAUAUAAUCAAAUGUAUUCAGCGAGGAAAAAGUAAGGUUAGAAUGUAUACUUACUUUAUUAAGCAAAGAGUGUUAAAAUUUGAAGUAGAUGUCCAUGACUUCCUUUUCUCUGUGGUAUAAAUGUGAUACUAAUUUUUCUUUGGAGGACAACGUAAAAAGCAGGGGAACAUGUCAAUUCUGCUAAGUUAUGUAAUUCUUGCUCAUAUCUACAGUCAGGGCAGUAAUAAAUAAUAAAUAAAGUUAAUAUCCUGGAUUGCAAUGGGUGAAGAUCUAGGUUUACCUUAAUUUGCUGUCACAUUGUUGUUCCUUAUGGUGGUGUAUUAGAAGUGCAUGGUAUGAAAGUCUUAAUGUGAGAAAAUGAAGGAGAUUUUUAUGAAACAUCAAGUCCUAGCUGUCACGUAUUUGAAGUUUGGGUGUUGCGUUUGAUGCCCUGCUGUUCUAAGUAGUGCAUGUGCAAUAGGAUUAAUGGUGGGGAAUGCAGUUGGUUCUGCUGCAUCGUGAUCAGCUAAAUGAGAUAAAAUUUAAUUUUCAAUAAUCUAUGAGUAGUCAAAUAAUUAUUGGCCAAAUUAAUCAGAAAGUAUGUGAAGAUGUCAAUUUCAUUGUGUUUCAAGUAGGGUGAACUGAAAAAUUGUCCCCAAUUCCUUAAUUUUGGAAAAUCAGCGAUCGACUGAAACCUAAAUGAAAAACCGGUCUUAUCCAUUGAUCUUAUCUACCUUGGCAAAAGUGAACAUAAUCUACUGUCACAUUUUGCUCUGCUGUAAGAGAUGAAGGACUGACAGGUCUGACCAACAGUUCAGAUCUGCAUGUGUGCUGUUAACAAUAGUCACUCCUCGUUGCCAGCAUAGGUAUUUUCUUGCUAUAUUCGUCAUAUAGAAUGGCUUUUCAGACAGAUUUUUUCUCCCAAUAAGAAACUGGUGUUGGACAAAGUUGAAUUUGGCAAGUCAGGCUUUUUAAAAUAUCAGUAAUCACGAUCAGCUAGAAAAAUGCGAUCGGUGCAUCUUCAGAUACAGGAUGCAUGGUGUUUUGGAGCUGUGAUGCUCAUGUGAAGCGACAUGUCAACAUGUAUCUGUGGCAGCUUGGUGAUCUCCAGUGUCAAAUGCAUUGCAACAUGUUGCCUGAGCAUUCUUUUUCCCUGGCAUUACGUUCUUCUAUUCUACUGAGACAGAAAGCAGAAAAGUGUGUAUUGGGUUAUUAGAACUACACACAGUGAAUAGGUAAAAAAAAUCUCCACAUGAUAACUGCAACAGAUUUUUCAGUGUGAGGUUAUGCUACUGCUUAAUUAUUUUUAAUCUCAUUAAUUAAUCUUUACUAGGUAUGCCAAUAUAUGUGGAAGACUCUGUGAAUCAAAAUAUGGAUCUUGAAAAUGUUUGAGUUUGUACAAGGAUACACUGUGAUCAACCCUGCUGACACCCAUUAGUCACAUCAUUUUUUUAAUUUUUAAUUUAAUUAUUUUUUAAUUUUAAAGAAUGGCUAUUACCAUUGCUUUACAAGGUGGUCAUAAGGAAUCUCAAUGCAUAAUCUGUUUAUAGCAAAGUAAAUCGUUCUGACAACAUUAAGUAAUGUAUGAAACCAAGCCAGAUACUAAGCAAAUCUUACCCAACAAGUUUAGUUAAAGCAAAUCUCUGUAUUCAAACAUUUACCUCCCUUUUUGAUUAAAAAAAUGCAAUGUACAAAAAUAUAAUGUGAAUUGAAUCAUUAGAAAGAAGAUUGACCAACUUCUAACUGUAAAUCUCAAACAAUUGUUUCAUUUUUUUCUUUUUUUGAGCUGUAGAUAUUUCAGAAAGAUGAACCAAUCUAAAAUUAACAAAACAUCUUCUAUAUGAUUACAAAUGUAUCACCACAGAUAAGUGGGAUAUUAAUGUUUAUUGUAGAUUUAAAUAUGUUUAAAUGAAGCAAACAUAUUUAACUGAUGCUAAUUUGAACCAUAUUCAUGAAUACCGAACAGCUUGUAUUUGUAUUCUGUGUUUAUUGACGCCUUCAAGAUACAUCAAACAACUGAGUGUUGUAUUGUACCUUUAUCAUAUCCAGUAUUAACGCUACUUCCAUAAGCAAUUUAAUUAUUUUACUUUUCUCUCUUUAUCUUGCUUACAGUAUUUGUCUCUUUUAGAGAUGUAGUGCACAUAAGACUUUGUAUGAAUUCCAAAAUUUUUACAAACGGCAUAUCUAUUACUAUUAUUUUUAGGCUCUGUGAUUAUGAAGCUGCUUAGUGUUUUUAGUCCUGCUGCUGAUCUCUCCCUGUUCCAUGAAAGCUAAAGUAUUUUCCCACAUUUAUGGUUCUAUAGUUUUCAGUUUAGUUAUUGUAUCUGGUGCUUUUCUGUGCAGUGAUAAGCCAAUUUGAUGCUAACAAUGCUUUUAUCUUUUCUAUCUCUGUUAUAAUAAAAUGCUUUUUCAUGCA